UUUCUAUGGGUUCAUCUCAGUGGGGAUGUUCGCUUCGUGGAGCUCAAAACCCUAAACCCUUUCUUCAUUUUCUUCAUUUCAAAUCUCAAAAUGUCCAAAAUUUCCUCCACAUUUCUUCUACAUUUCAUCUUUAAACGACUUCUCAAUACCAUUUCUACUUCUACAUUGCCUUUACCCUCCGUUUCUACCAUCCAAUUCCUCACUAAUUCAUGUGCCCUUUCUUCGGGAUCUACUACCUCCGCCGGUCGAAAGCUCCAAUUCGAUGAAAAAAACAUCCAGCAGUACGAAGCCAUUAUCGGUUUCUUGAAAUCACAUGGGUUCGAGAAUCCACAGAUCGCGAAUUUGGUCUCGAGGCGACCUUCGAUCCUUCAAUCCAGAGUAUCCACCAAUCUGAACCCUAAAUUUGGGUUCCUCCAGGAAAUCGGGUUCGUCGGUCCUUUACUUCCUAAGUUAAUUCUAUCAAACCCUACGCUCCUUUUCAGGAGCUUAGAUUCUCAUUUGAAACCAUCAUUUUUUUUUUUGAAGGAAAUUCUUGAAUCGGAUGAACGAGUAACUACUGCUGUUUGUCGUUUUCCGAGGCUUCUAACUUAUGAUUUUAAGGGUGUUAUAAAAAGUAACGUUGAUUUUUUGGUCAGUGAAGGAAUGCCUUCUAGGAAUAUAGCCAACAUGAUUGCAAUGCAGCCUAUUACUAUUUUGCAAAAGGCUGAUAGAAUGAUUCGAGUAGUGAAAACGGUGAAAGAAUUAGGCAUUGAACCAAAGGGUCCCAUGUUUGUUUAUGCGGUUUUAUCAAGGAGUUCAAUGAGUGAUUCAACUUGGAAGAAUAAAGUAAAUGUUAUGAAGAGUUUAGGAUGGUCUGAGAAUGAGAUUCUGACAGCAUUUAAGAGAUAUCCACGUUAUUUAACUUGUUCAGAGGAGAAAAUGAGGGAAGUUGCAGAUUUCUGUUUCAACACUGCUAAGUUUGAUCCAGGAACUGUAAUUACUUACCCUAUGUUCUUCAUGUGUUCGGUCGAGAAGCGGCUCCAACCGAGGUACAAAGUUAUUGAGGUUUUGAAAGUGAAGAAUCUUCUUAAGAACAAAAAGAUUGCUUGGUUGCUUUUACAAGGGGAGAGAAACUUUGUGGAGAAAUGCGUUGUUAAGCAUUUGGAUGAAAUCCCAAAUCUGAUGGACAUUUACCGGGGCAUUGUUGCAGCCGAGACCAAAUGUGUUGUAUAGGAUUGGUAAGUUGUAAGUUAAGAAUCUGUCUUAUAGUUUAAAUUUGAGUAUCGUCAUCUUCAAAGGGGACAGCAUUUUUGUUCUUCUGUUUCAAAGAAAACUGAUUCUUCAGCUUUCCAAGCUGUAAGUUGUCAUAGUUACCUUAUAGUGUAUUUUUCCAAUGAAUUUUUUUUGGUCAAGUA